AUGACGGAUCCGGCGAGAUACUGGCCGGGCGGCGUCCCUUCCGAAGUUCGAUUCCACCCAACUCCCAUCCGUGGGUCCUUGAGAAACGAGAUCAAAGGUUGGCAGCUUUUCCUCAAGGAGAAUGCAGUCGGCCGUGGGCCAGGGGACACUGAUGACACUUUUGAAGUGCGGCAGAGACGCAAGCUCAUGCAGAGGUGGGCUUCCAUGAGCCAGUCGGACCGCGACGCUUAUCAGAACCGCGCCCCAUGUAGAGCCGGGGACUCGUGGUACCCCGAGGUGCUCCGGAGCCGCUCCUCCUCCUCCUUGUUCUCGUCGGGCAUGGAAGAAACGCCAGGGACGCCGGCCGAGAAUGUCAGGCUCGUCAAUCUCAUUGCGCCGCUGCCCCUGGGCCCCCGGAACCGGGCCCUGUGGACCAAGAUGCGCAUCAUGCUGUAUAAUCUCGACGGAGACAAUGGCACCAUAUUCCAGUGGCAGGACGACGACGAAAAGAUUACUUAUUGCGUGCCCAACGAUGCCGAGCCCAACCUGCUCACGUCAAACACCUUUCUCAAGUGGUGCUAUAUCGAAAACGCCAACUUUGAUUGCAUGGCCAUGACCAGGAGCGGGACGGUGAUAUUGCAUAGGAGGCGGAGCACGGUGGUGCUGAUUGACCAGGAGGCACUCGACACGGGUCUGAUUCUGCUUUGCCGCCUGGCCAACAAUGGACAAGUCUUGGCCGAGGGAAGAGUCUGGCCGUUGAGGAUGAAGGACGCCUACGAAAAGAUGACUAUCCUCGGUUGGUCUGUUGACGAGGUGCUCGAGGGUGACACUUUUAAAAACCCUUAUAGACUGAGUUCGAAUAUGGAGGAGCCAUUACUCGACAUUCUCGACGCCAAAGCCCCAUACAUUUACCAGCCCGACAUUGAUCUCUGGAUGGAAGCUAUUGAGAGAUGCGCCCCAGGUUAUCUGGAGAUGGAGGACGAAAAUGAUGGCAUGGUUGAAGAUUAUGACCAUGACAAUUUCAGGACCAAUGAAGAGUUGGCGCAUCUCCCUUGGAGCGAUGAGCUCUAG